AUGCCUAGUUGUGCAAUUACCCGAUGUAAUACUACAUCAACGACAUGUGCAUAUGGCACAAAGUUUCAGAAAGUUCCAGGAGAAUGUUGUCCGCGAUGUGUAGAAGUCGAAGGAACCUGUAUGGUUUUUGGUGACCCUCAUUACAAAACAUUCGAUGGGAAAAUCUACACCUUUAAAGGAAUUGGCAAAUACCAAUUGACUGCUGAUUGCACCAAUCAUACAUUCUUUGUAAGAGUUGCCAAUGUCCUCCUUGACGGAACCUCUUCUACCACCAGAAGGGUAUCCAUUAAGUACUUAAAUGCCAGAUUAAAUCUUCAACAAAAAGGACGAAUAAAGUUUAACGGUACGGUGAAAACAAUACCUUUUCAAGUUGAUGGGAAAUUUAAAGCAGAAAAGAAAAAGGAUAAUUCUGUGGAAAUAAUAUUGAACAAUGGGGUCAAAGUAUACUGGAACUUUAAAAGUUUUGUAGAAGUCACUGUUCCUGCAACUUUAAAAAACCAUGUUUGUGGUCUCUGCGGUAACUUCAACUACGACGUGAAAGACGAUCUGACUUCCAAAGUAGGUAAAAUGCUUUCAGAUAAAGAAAUCCUGGCUUUUGGUGCGUCUUGGUGCCUUGGAAAUAAAUUCGAAUGUGCUAAGAAAAUUAGAGUACAGAAACUGGAGAAACCUCUAACGCCUAUGAAAAAAAGUGCUUGUAGAUACUUUAACAGCGAUACCUUUUCAUCUUGUCGCUCUAAAUUGAGCACUCUUAAAUACUUUAAAGCGUGCAAGAUGGACAUGGAUCACUGCAAAGGUCAUAAAUGUUACUGUGAUAGCUUAAUGGCUUAUGUGAGAGAAUGUGAACGACUCGGUGUUAACCUGAAUAACUGGCAAAAGUAUACGUUAUGUGAUCUAGCGCAUUUACGAAAUUUAAAAAGAAAACCGAAAAGAUUACGUCAACGUAACAGAAACGAACAGCAAGCACUCUUAUUGAAGCAGUUGCCAAAAGUUCUGAAUCGAACUAGGAGCUCUGUAGGCGUACCUUUAACAUAA